GUUGAAGAGCAAUAAUUGCAAUGCUCUAUCCCAAGCACGAUGAAGUUUCAAAAGUUUACCCAGACCUUCCGGCCAAGGUUAUAAACUCGCUGACUUCAUGUGGACAGAUACCUGUUGGAUGGUUGCUUUAUCGACAGUGUUGAUUCUCUGCAAAUCUAUGGUCUAGAGAUUUUUUUUGUGAACUUGACACUGCAAGAGAACGGUCUUUAUGUUGGAACCCAGUUUUAUCAAUCAGCAGUUAAUAGCUUGCUAGAUUCAUUCGACAAGUACUUGGAACUUGCAUUUACUUUGUUAUGCUUUCGUGAUAAUUGCGUAGUAAUCAAUAACAAGUAUGAACAUCGCAUUAUAUCACUCCGUACACAAAAAAAAAUCUGCCAAACGUCCUGCUUCCCAAAUGGUACAUGACGACCUUUCUACCAAACAAACUUGGAUUCGUGGUUCUUGGAAUCCCCCUCGCACUGCAAAAACAUCACCACCUGCUGAACCUAGCAACCUUUUCUUCAAGGGUUCAUAAACUUUCUUAUAUUAUUUCAUUGUUUAUCUAAUUUGUCCAGUAAAUUAUGACAAGUCUGAAUAAAAGAUUACUUGGAUUCAUGUGGCG